UUCAAAAUAAUUAAAUAAAAGAUAAAAGAGGGAAAAUCAGAAAUCAAAAAAAAAAAAGUUCAAAUAAGGAAAGCUAAAGCAUCUGAAGUCUCUGAACCGUUACCACCUCACUCACUCACUAUCACUUCAGUUUUUCUCUUUUCUCUCUCCUCCAUUUUCACACUCUCUACUACUUUCUCUCUCCUCUACAACAAAAUUCUAGGGUUUUAGAUUCCCCAAAUUUGUAAUACUAUGAGUUAGGGUUAGGGUUUAUACCCUUAACAUUUCCCAGAAACCUUCAAAUCUGGCCCCAAAUCGAUGGGAAAUUGCUGCAGAUCUCCGGCGGCAGUAGCAAGAGAAGAUGUAAAAUCGAAACAAUCAGACAAUAAUAAGAGGAGAGAGAAAAAUCACCAUAAUUUAUCAGCGAAGAAAUCGUCAUCAUCAUCAUCGAUCACAGUUUUACCAGACGUACCAAAAGAAUCAAUCGAAGAGAAGUAUUUGAUUGAUAGAGAGUUAGGUCGAGGUGAAUUUGGUGUUACUUACUUGUGUAUUGAUAAAAGUAAUAGAGAAUUGUUAGCUUGUAAGUCGAUUUCUAAGCGAAAGCUUCGUACUGCUGUCGACAUUGAUGAUGUUAGGAGAGAAGUUGCGAUUAUGAAGCAUUUGCCUAAGAGUUCGAGUAUUGUGAGCUUGAAGGAGGCGUGUGAGGAUGAUAAUGCAGUGCAUUUGGUUAUGGAGCUUUGCGAAGGCGGCGAGCUUUUCGAUCGGAUCGUUGCUAGGGGGCAUUACACGGAACGAGCAGCUGCCGGUGUUACUAGAACUAUUGUUGAGGUUGUGCAGCUUUGUCAUAAGCAUGGGGUUAUUCAUAGAGACUUGAAACCUGAGAACUUUUUGUUUGCUAAUAAGAAGGAGAAUUCGCCAUUGAAGGCUAUUGAUUUCGGCCUCUCCAUUUUCUUUCAGCAAGGUGAACGGUUUUCAGAAAUUGUUGGAAGUCCGUACUAUAUGGCUCCAGAGGUGCUCAAGCGAAAUUAUGGUCCAGAAAUUGAUAUAUGGAGUGCAGGUGUUAUUCUGUACAUAUUGUUGUGUGGAGUUCCUCCGUUUUGGGCAGAGUCUGAGCAAGGUGUGGCACAGGCCAUUCUACGUGGUGCAAUAGAUUUCAAACGGGAUCCAUGGCCUAACAUUUCAGAGUGUGCUAAGAGUUUGGUCAGACAAAUGCUGGAACCUGACCCAAAGAAAAGACUAACAGCAAAACAAGUACUUGAACAUUCAUGGGUACAAAAUGCCAAAAAGGCUUCAAAUGUUCCUCUUGGAGAUGUUGUAAAAUCAAGGCUCAAGCAGUUUGCCAUGAUGAACAGAUUCAAGAGGAAAGCUCUGAGGGUUAUUGCCGAGUUCUUGUCUGCUGAAGAAGUUGAAGAUAUCAAGGAAAUGUUUAAAAAGAUAGAUACAGAUGAUGACGGAAUUGUUUUAGUUGAAGAACUGAAAGCUGGUCUUCUUAAGUAUGGCUCCCAACUUGGAGAGUCUGAAGUACAAUUGCUUAUUGAAGCUGUUGACACGUAUGGCAAAGGAACGCUGGACUAUGGAGAAUUUCUUGCUGUUUCGCUUCAUUUACAGAGAAUGGGAAAUGAUGAGCACCUUCGGAAAGCAUUCUCUUACUUUGACAAGGAUGGAAAUGGUUAUAUUGAGCCAGAAGAACUCCAAAAUGCCUUGAUGGAAGAUGGAGUCGAGGAUUGCAUUAACGUUGCCAAUGACAUCUUCCAGGAGGUGGACACAGACAAGGAUGGAAAAAUAAGCUUUGAUGAGUUUGUUGCCAUGAUGAAAACUGGAACUGAUUGGAGAAAGGCCUCUAGACAUUAUUCACGAGGAAGAUUUAACAACCUAAGCAUGAAGCUUUUGAAAGACGGGUCUUUGAAAUUGGGGGCGGAGUAAUAACAGGUUUAGGUUUGUGUUUGACCCCAUCUAAACGGCCAAAAUACUUGGUCAUUUUGCAUAUAUUUGGACUGUUUUCUUUAAGGAUGUCAUUGAUUUUUGGGGGCUGCUGAUUGGAUUUAGUAGUGUUUUCUGGCUUGCGAGGCUGAAUCCGAGGUAUGUUUGUAUAAUCUCUUGUCAAAUAUCAAUGAAAAGAUUGUGCCUUUUUGGCCUUAGGUACGAAUGUAAGAUUAUGUUUCUCUUUCUGCUACAUCAAUGUGCAAUCGUUUUUGGCAAA